AUGUUAGUUACCUGGCUUGCAGACAUUAAUUCACAAGACUGGUCAGCUGGUAUCAGGUUUGUUCAGUUUCAGAAAAAUGCUGCUCACCAUUCAGGGAUAAAGUGCUCUCCAUACUCUGCUAUGUUUGGUUGUGAAGCCAGAGUUGGCCUAACUUCUUCACCUCUACCCACAGAAGUUAUCUCUAGGUUGGAGAGUAGAGAUGAUCUCAUAGCAGUUAUGUCAGGAGAUGAUACAACAACAACAACAGAUCACCAAGACCAAAUUCAGAAACGUAGUGUGGAAGCAUACAGAGGGCAGGUAUCCCAAGCUGAGAGAAUGGUUAAAUGUAGUCGCUUAGACUUUAAGGUUGGUGAGCCUGGUGGCAAUGUUGCUGUCCCAAUUCCAGCUGUGGAUCACGGUAGAGGAGAUCCACAUCAUAUCCUGGGUGUUAUUGUCAGCAGAAAUUUGGACAUUGACCAGAUGACCAGUUCUAUUAAUGUUAUUAAGGACAUUAUUGCAGGUCAUAAUUCUAACCCUUGCUCAUCCACACAUCAUCCGCACAUGUGA